GUUUGUUGUUAUAAAGGGUUCACACAUUGCUUCAUUGAAACUCCUCCCCAUAUACAUUACUCCACAGUGUCAAAGGAUCAUUGCAUCCAUUAAUCAUUUCCUCCCUUCAGAGUCACAUACAUAUUAACUUGUGACUUGAAGGCAAGCAGUACACUAACUUCUUCAAUGAGCAGCAGUAUGAACACCUGGAGCCCACAAGAUCUUGUUCAGAAAUCUCAAGAAGCCAAAAAUCUUGCCUACUGUCCCUACAGCAAAUUCAGGGUUGGGGCAGCUGUCUUAACAAGCGAUGGAUCCGUCUUUACAGGUUGUAAUGUAGAGAAUGCAUGCUACAAUCUUGGUUUGUGUGCUGAGAGAACGGCGAUCACCAAGGCUGUGUCUGAAGGUCACAAAACCUUUACGGCCAUCGCAAUUGCCAGUGACCUUGAAGAUCGGUUUAUUUCUCCAUGUGGAGCCUGUCGGCAGGUCAUGAGAGAGUUUGGCUUACAAUGGGACAUUUAUAUGUCAAAGGCUGAUGGAUCUUACAAUUUGAUGAAAGUGGAAGAACUUCUGCCAUGUUCAUUCGGCCCUGAUGACCUAAGAGCAGGAGAAAAUCACUAGACUUUACAAAAUUACUGUUACAGUCUGAAUUUGCAGGAUGAAAGGACAGAGAGACACUGUAUAUAAAGUGUAAGGAAAAUUAAACACAGUUUUAUUAUAGUAAAAGUGUAGUGACCACGUUUUUAUUUGAG